AGCAGGAGAAGCUGCUGCUGGUCGGGGAACCAACAACCCAGGACAGAAAAGAAGUGAGGAUUUACUGAAGGACGUCAGGUUGGACUCAUGUUGGAUCCACCGCUGGCUGGAAACCAGGACCAGGACUAGCCUUUGAUUUGAUUUGAUUUGAUUUGAUUUGAUCUGAAGAUUUUAUUUUGAAAGAGAAUACAAAUAUAUUUAUAUAUAUAUGUGUACAGCUCUCUGUCAGACCUCAUGGAUCCACCAACCUGCUCGAAACGGAAUAAGAAUGAAAUAAACACUUCGCUAGUCGUUAACAGGGACUAGCGCUGUGGCCUGAACCUGGACCAGGACCAGGACUGGACCAGGACGAGAAAACUGGACCAGGACUAGCAUCCAGCCUCUGGGGACCCGUCUGCAGGACCUGUGGGUCUGGAUCCAUGGACUCUGUGGACCCGUCUGCAGGGGGAUCUAGGGUCUGGAUCUAGGGACGGUGUGGGGAUGAGGGUGACGUACUCCAGCAAGGUGGCCAGAACCUGGACCAGGACUAGCUGUUAGCAGAAACCUUUACCGGGACUAGCCGAUUCUCCAGCCUCUCUGGACCCAUAGGUCAGGAUCCAGGUUCUCCCGUAGGUCUGGGUCCCGGUCCUGCGUGAACAUGACAGUAACCUACUCCAGUAAAGUCGCUAACGCUACCUUCCUCAGCUUCCACCGGCUGCUGCUGCGCUGGAGAGGAAGCAUCUACAAGCUGCUGUACCGCGAGUUCCUGCUGUUCGCGCUGCUGUACUGCCUGCUCAGCGUCGUCUACAGGCUGGUUCUCUCUGAAGACCAGAAGAGGCUGUUUGAGAAACUGUCCAUCUACUGCGACCGAUACGCCGAGCAGAUCCCCGUCACCUUCGUGCUCGGUUUCUACGUGACUCUGGUGGUGAAUCGCUGGUGGAACCAGUUUGUGAACCUUCCCUGGACCGACAGACUCAUGUUCCACAUCUCCAGCUGUGUCCAGGGGAAAGACGAACAUGGCCGCCUCCUGCGGCGGACGCUGAUGCGCUACGUGAACCUGACGUCGCUGCUCAUCUUCCGCUCCGUUAGCACCGCCGUCUGCAAACGGUUCCCAACCAUCGACCACGUGGUGGAGGCAGGCUUCAUGACUCCGGAGGAGAGGAAAGUGUUUGAGAACAUCCGCUCUCCUCACCUGAAGUACUGGAUCCCCGUGGUUUGGUUCUGCAACCUGGCGUCCAAAGCCCGGCAGGAGGGACGGAUCCGGGACAGCAUCGACCUGCAGAACAUGCUCAACGAGAUGAACCUGUUCAGGACCUGGUGCGCUACGCUCUUCGGCUACGACUGGGUCGGCAUCCCGCUGGUCUACACCCAGGUCGUGACUCUGGCCGUCUACACCUUCUUCUUUGCGUGUCUGAUUGGUCGUCAGUUCCUGGACCCGGCCCAGGGCCACCCGGGCCACGACCUGGACCUGUACGUCCCGGUCUUCACGCUGCUGCAGUUCUUCUUCUACUCCGGCUGGUUGAAGGUAGCGGAGCAGCUGAUCAACCCGUUUGGAGAAGACGAUGACGACUUUGAGGCGAAUUGGAUCAUCGACAGGAAUCUGCAGGUGUCCCUGCUAGCGGUGGACGAGAUGCACAUGAGUCUUCCCGUCAUCACCAAGGACAUUUACUGGAACGACCAGGACGCGCGGCCGCCGUACACGCUAGCAGCUGCUGAUUACUGCAUCCCCUCCUUCCUGGGCUCCACCACGGACAUGGGACUCUCUGAAAUCCUCCAGCCCGGAGAUGCUGACGUUGGUGACGGUAACCCACGGCAACCGGACCACGUUUUAACUCGACGACAAGCGUCGGUUCUGGGUCGGGUCCGGCGGCUGCUCAGCGUCCAGGAACCUCCAGAUCUGGGUCAUCCCCGACCCGCGUUCAAACGCCACAGCAGCGACGCCACCGGGACCUUCGCCCCGGACUUCAGGAACCAGAACCAGAACCAGCACUUCAGGUACCAGAACCAGAACCAGAACCAGCACUUCAGGAACCAGAACCAGAACCAGCACUUCAGGGUCAGAGCGGUUCCCCCGGAGAUGGCCACGCCCACCCACGUGACCGUGGCCCCGCCCACCCACGUGGCCGUGGCCCCGCCCCCCUCCCUGGACACCUUGUCCACCCUGAGGGAGGACAGCAGCGCUCCACCGUCCCCCGACAGCUGCUCCUCCAUCGUUUUCCCCCAGCUGGUCGUCAGCCCGCCGUUGCUAGGCGACGCCGCUCCCAGCAUGCACCACAACGGCCUGAAUCCGGCGGCCAAUCACGACGCUCCGCACCUGGAAACAAGGCCCGGUUCCGGCUCCAGCUGCUGCUCUCCGACCCAGCUGGGACCUAAACAGUUCCGCUGGCUGCCCCCGGACCUGAGACCGGACCUGAGGCCGGACCUGAGACCGGACCUGAGACCGGGCCGCCCCAGGGGCCGCCAGUUCUCGCUGCAGUUCUCCCGGCAGAACUCCCAGGCGUCGGUACGGAGCCUGCCGAGCCCGAAGGCUCUGGGCCGCCGGAGACGAGUUCUGGGCCGGCUCGGGUCCCGGCGGUCGCCCGGGCCCACGCCCGACACCCUGAACCUGCCGGAACCGGACUACACCCAGGACCAGGACCAGGACUCCGACCAGGACUUCCAGGGAACCGCGGGCAGCGAGGACGAGCGGAGGGAAGGUCGUGACCUCAGCGAAGGUCGUGACCUCAGCGAAGGUCGUGACCUCAGCGAAGGUCGCGACCUCAGCGAAGGUCGUGACCUCAGCGAGGACGAUGACGCUAGGUCCUUAAGUUCGGAGAAGAAAUAACUGGACCAGAGACCAGAACCCGCGUCCACCACGGCUGCGUUCGGGGGUCAGAACCGGUCUGGACCAGUCUGGACCAGUCUGGACCGGAUCCCUGCAGGGGAAUCCUGCUGGGUCUGGGUCCUCGUGUAAAAGAGUGCGUGGAUUUCCACGUGAAUCCGUGUGUGUAAUUUUUGCGUACACAAAAGAAAUUCAGACGUUCAAAACUGCGUUCGCCCAAAUCCACGUCACGAUCAGCGUGGAUUUGAGCCUAAAUGUAUGUGUGUCCUUUUCGAGCCUUGUGGUCCAUAGAGUCGGUGUUCGCCUCCGGUUUCUGUAGCGGUAACAGGUGGUAACCAUGGUAACCGUGGUAACCACCCCCAGGAUAGGACGCUAGUCUAUCGCUGGAUACUUUCCCUAGCAAAGCUAGGUUACCCAUCAUGCACCUGGGUGACGUGAGGAAAGCCCAGAGUAAAACAUCUUUCCCAAGGAUAAGCACAAAGUGACGCCAGUGCCGGGAAUCGAACCCACGACCUUCGGAUCAUGAGCCCAAAGCCCCAAACACUAGGACACACUAGGACACACUAGGACACACUAGGACACUCUAGGACACACUAGGACACUCUAGGACACACUAGGAGCACUUAAAACACUCCGCCCUGUCUCCUCCCUCAAAUACAUACAUUUGAAUAUGAUGAUGAAGAUAAUUAUCCAUUAAAAACUGCUCAUCUUAACAAGGAACUUGCAAAAACAAGUAAAACAAAUUAAAAUUAAAGCUAACAAGCAGCGAUGAACGGGACCUCGCGCAUGCAAUUCUCACCAAUUAUGGUCAAGGACUCAAUACCGAGUCCGAUGACACCACCCACGACUCUCUAUUUCAAACCAUUCAAAAGUUAUGGCAGAAUCACAUAUUGACCAAUCAGCUACUAGUAUCAAUUCCUGUUUUAGCGUUGAAGUUAGACGCGGCGCCACGGCCAUGCCAUUUCAUGAAAACUCACGAUUUUGAUAACUUUUCACGGUUAACGUCUUUUGUGGAACGGACAAUCCUGCUAGGAGGAGUUCAUUAAAGUACCACACGUGAAAAUAGCAUAAAUUGCACCAAAAUGACACGAUUAAUUGAAAAUGGCUGACUUCCUGUUGGGUUUGGGCCAUGACUUCCUGUUGGGUUUGGGCCAUGGCUCCAAGAGACUUUUCUUUUAGUUGUGACAUGAUACAGGUGUGUACCGAUUUUCGUGCAUGUACGUCAAACCGUAUUAUGGGGCUUGAGGAACAAAGUUUUCAAGGGGGCGCUGUUGAGCCGUUAGGCCACGCCCUUUUUUGACACUAUUAGAAUACGUAAUUUUUCGCCACAUGGGACGUGCGUUCCAAGUUUCAUAACUUUUCGAGUAAGUUAUGCGCCUCAAAAACGCAAUUGUUUUCGGAUAAAAGAAUAAUAAUAAUCUUUCCGAUUUCAAUAGGGCUUCACACAAGCCUUGCUGCUGCUCGGUCCCUAAAAACAUCGGCUGUGAACUGGAGACAGUUCUGUCAGAAGUUGAGGCAUGGAAGAAAUAAUUUAUUUGGGGGAAUUUCUUCUGAUUUAAGCUGCAUUGCAUUAUGGGUAAUGCUGUUCUUUGCUUGGUGUUGCGUUCCCUGAAGAGUUUUGGUUUUAAUUAUGAUUGUAAGGGUUUGUGAAUGUUUAUGGGCAGCGUUAGUGCAUCAUUACACUCUGCUUUUCUUGUUUGUAUUUUAAGAACCAACACUAGAACUUAAGUUGGUGGAUGAAAAACGGCUCCUCGUUCUGCUUUAUUGUCACGCGUAUUAUAUACUGACGGAUUAAGACCAAUGCACACGUUUAUUGAGUCCUACAAGUGGAUGUCGGCACUUCUGUCCCAGACCCUCCACCACCGUGCUUCACAGCGCUGAUGAGUGUGUUUCCUCCAACAGGGGGGGAAGUCCGUCCCUCCACCUCCUCCGGUUCCCCUGGCCGGGGGGGUGCACGGGCGGGCGCGGCGGCGGGGUGGCACCAUUCCCAGGUGUCUAUGUCUUAUGUUGUCAGUAUGAAUGGGGGGAUGUUGGACCAUUUCCCCCUCCGUCUGGGGGCUCCGGCGGCGCCGGGGGCGCCCGUGGAGGUACGGUGGGGUCCUGGCCCGGCUCGGAGGGCCGGCCCCCGUCUACUGGAUGGCCGGUGGGGGAGCGUGGGCGUCUUUCCAGGGCCGGCUCCGCUGGUCCUGCCUCCUUGCUUCGGCCUCUGCUCCCCCUCCUUCCCCCCCUACACGAUUCAUACGCA